AUGGCAGCUGAUAUUGAUAUGAGCCUGGAAGACUAUAUUAAGACUCGAAUGAAUAUGGUUGGUUCAAGAACAUGUCGAGACCGUUUAGAAGAUCCUCAGAGGAUGUCUGUUUUGAGCACUGUGGUUAUGGCAAGUCAGACAAAAAUCUUCAAUCUUUUUCAGGAGCUGUUUGCUGAAUUUGGAACCAUUAUAAAUGCAGCAGUUAACAAUGAUAACUUGGGAAAGUCAUUGGGUACAGCGUAUAUUGUCUUUGCCCGAGAAGCAGAUGCACUUCAAGCUCUCAAGCAGUACAAUGGUUUUCGUUUUCAUGGCCGACCAAUAGGAAUCACCAUGGAUGGCGGAUCAGCUAGUAGUGGCGACAUAAAAGAUCGGCUUGACUACAACAGAGUCUAA